ACUGUAGCUGAACGGGGAGGUGCGGGCGGGUUGUUUGGUUGGCUCACUGUACUCAUAUGGGUUGGUUGCACAGGCAGCAAUGAAACGGCUAACUCGAUAACGACCUGGCGACUGUUCAGAACCGACCACUGCAACUUUACAUGAUCCUGGUAACCUAAGGCAACUAUCUAGGCAAAAUAUGUAUCAGUGCUUCAACAUAGUUAAGUUGGCGAAGCUGUCACCAGAGCAAUCAGUCACUUCCUAAGCGACCUAGCGGUAGCUACUUGGCUGAAUGGUUCUAUUGUAGCUACCAGAUUGAUUAGCACAGCAAAUGCAAGAUCGAAGCCAUUAGUGCAUGGCUGGCUAGCCACCUUUGCAAAUAGAUAAUUGUGUGUUGGUUUGUAAGGUGACUGUUUUACAAGCAGUAAUCCAAUACUAAAUGAUCACUUGUCUUGCACCGAAUUGAAGCGGUUACCUUCUUCUGUACUAGCUAGCUAGCUAGCUAGCAAGCACAAUCUAUCAGAAUGGCUCACUGGACGAAUUUCGAAAAAGACAUGGAUAAAGAUGCCAAGCAACUAAUAAAACACCUGUGUGCGAUAGAGGACGAAGAGGACCAGAAUUUUCAAACGGCGCUGAAAUUCGCCUGGUCAAACUUCAGGUUCCAUCGUUACCUGGAUGUGAACAGUCACGAAGUGCAGCGUUCUGUAAAUGGGAUUUAUGAAAAACUUAUGCUUCACUCGGACUUGAUCAAAGCGCAGAGCUGGAUGGAACUUACAGAAGAGUUCCUGAACUCACCCUUACCCAACGUUGAGGGAACCAAGACAGAUGUUCAUCACAGCAUCCUGGCUUUGUUGCUGUUUCUCUCUGACUCUCCGUCAAACUCAAACUACAGUGAGAGACCCAGAAGGAAUGAGUUGGAGAAGGAAGAUGACUUUGACUGGGGUAAAUAUCUGAUGGAGGGUGAGGAGAUUGAAACGGGCCCCUACCCAGAUACACCUGAAUGGUCAGAGGAGGAGAGUGAAGAAGAAGACAGUGAAAUGUCUUUCAGUAGAGAGGAUUCUGGGAUACAGGUGGACAGAACCCCCCAGGAGGACCAUCAGGUCACCUGGGCAGUGGCUGAGCCGGAUGCCCAGGCAUGGCUGGAGCAGCAGGUGGUGACCCCGUACUGGGUGUCUCAGGCUCCACGUUUCCCCCACAGUCUGCACCUGCACUCAAACCUGCUCAACGUCUGGGACCAGCACUUGUACAACACCGAGCCGCUCUACCACCCCGAAGAGAAGGCCUUCGUCACCGAGACGCAAGUGAUACGCGAGGUUCUGUGGCUCCUGUCCGGGGUGAGAAAAUCGUUUAUAUUCCAGCAGCACGACGGAAAGGUGUGCGUGAGGGAGGACGUGGUGGUUACACACCUGACCAACAACUGCCUGCACUCGGUGCUGGAGCACGUGGCGGUGUACGGGCAGGCUGUUCAGCAGCUGCAGCGCUUCAUUGACGAGGUCACGGGGUGCACCGUGGAGCCGUGUCUGCCCGGCGCCUGCUCGUCUGCGAAGAAGGGCUCGGACCCGCCCUUCAGGACCUACCAGGCCUUCGUCUGGGCGCUCUACAAGUACUUCCACAGCUUCAAGGACGAGCUCGCCUCCAUCGAGAGGGAGAUCAUCGUCGAAGAUAAGACGGUGACCCUGGCCGCCGUCCUGGACAGGCUGACCCCGCACCUCUCCCAGAUCAAAGUGCUGCACCGCGUGUUCUGCACGGGCGUGGCCGAGGUUCCCCCGGGGACCCCGAACGUGCUGCGGGCCUCUCACCUGCUCAACACCCUCUACAAGUCCAUCAUCGAGUACGACAGCGUGGGGGAGGCCUCCGAACACACGGUGGCGCUCCUGUUCGCUCUGUGGGUGGAGACCGUACGCCCGUACCUGGAGAUGGUGGACGAGUGGAUCGUUCACGGACACCUGUUUGACCCCGCCAAAGAGUUCAUCAUCCAGAGGAACAAGGACGUGCCGGUGAACCACCGGGACUUCUGGUACGCCACGUACACGCUGUACAGCGUGUCGGAGGCGGUGGAGAGCGAGGAGAAGCAGGGCGACACGGCGAGCGGGAGCUCGGCCAGCGACCAGGCCCCCGGCGGCCGGCCGCACACCAUGGUGUCCUUCCUCAAGCCCGUGCUGAAGCACAUCAUCAUGGCCGGCAAGUCCAUGCAGCUGCUGAAGAACCUGGACCGCCAGGAGAGCGAGCCCCACGAGCCCUCCGCCAGAGAUGGGGAGAGGAAGAGUCUGCACACGCUGUUCCUGGAGUCUGUGCAGUCGCGCUUGCGCUGCGGGGAGACGUCGCCCGCGGACACGGUCUCCCAGCAACGGGACACCAAGAGGGGCCUGGUCCGGAUGCAGUCCAUCGUGGCCCGCCACCUGGAGCUGGGGGGCAUCCACGACCCCCUGCUGGCCAUCAACUUCGCCCGGCUGUACCUGGAGCAGAGCGACUUCCAGGAGAAGUUCUGGGGGGCGGAAAUGACUGUGGGGCGCUCCUCGGAGUCGGUGACCUGCCAGACGUUUGAGCUGACGCUGCGCUCCUGCCUCUACCCGCACAUCCAGCAGUGCUACGUCCAGUGCUGCGGGAAGCUCAUGACCACCCUCAAAAAGGACUACAGGCUGCUGGAGUACCUGCAGGCCAUGCGCAGCUACUUCCUGCUGGAGGCGGGCGACACCAUGUACGACUUCUACACGGCCAUCUUCGACAAAGUGGCGGAGAAGCAGAGCUGGCAGCAGCUGUCCUUCCUCAACAUGCAGCUCCAGGAGGCGGUGGGACAGCGCCGCCCAGAGGACAGCAUCAGGCUGUCGAUAUACCUGGAAACCACAGACCCAGUCAAGAAAAAGCACCCGGUGAACAGCCUUGAUGGCCUUAUCCUUAGCUACAAGGUCCCAUGGCCUGUGGACAUCGUCAUCAGCUCAGAGUGUCAGAAGAUCUACAAUCAGGUCUUCCUGCUUCUGCUGCAGAUCAAAUGGGCCAAGUACAGCCUGGACACACUGCGGUUCAGCGAGCUGACGGCAGCAGCGCAGAGACAGGAAGGGUGUGUGACAGAGGAAGGCAAGGCCAGGGUGCCCGUCAGGCAGCAGGUCCACAGGAUGUUCCUGCUGAGGGUGAAGCUCAUGCACUUUGUCAACAGUCUGCACGACUACAUCAUGACCAGGAUCCUGCACAGUACCGGUUUGGAGUUCCAGCAUCAGGUGCAGGAGGCCAAAGACUUAGACCAGCUGAUCAGGAUACACUACCGAUACCUGUCCACCAUCCAUGACCGCUGUCUGCUACGAGAGAAGGUGAGCAUUGUGAAGGAGGCCAUUAUGAAGGUGCUGAACCUGGUGCUUCUCUUCUCCGAUCGCUGGCAGGCCGGCACCGGGGCCUGGAAGGUGGAGUCCAUUGACAAGAUGGAGUCUGACUUCAAGAAUUGCCACAUGUUCCUGGUGACCAUUCUGAAUAAGGCCGUCUGCAGAGGGUCCUUUCCUCAGUUGGAGUCCCUGGUCCUCUCGUUAAUGGCUGGAUUCGAGCAGUGCUGAAGAUCAGCUGGAGAGGGAGCGGGAGCGGGAGCGAGAGAGACCCCUGUCAUGUGAUCUGCUGGGAGACAGACCCCAUGUGAUCUUCACUUCGACAGGGCAGAUUUCUUUUCCCCCCCCUGUGUUGAUGUUUGACAGCCUUUGUUCAAGGUUGGGUUUUUCUUCUUUUCCUUCCCCCCCCCCCCCCCCCAUUCCUGAUGUACAUUUUUCCAUUAAAUUGCACAAUAUGUCAAAAUGGACCGACUUGGCUGAGAGAAACAACAGUCUCGUUGAAACUAAUCGAAGGAACGCGAGCAUCGUGAAAACACGACACAUCAUAACGGAAAUGCCUCUUCCCCGAUCGUGGGUGCUUUCACUGACCCAUGGGAACAGGGUCGAAGGGACCUGUACAUAUUUCAUACGUUUGCCCUCGACUGUUUUUGUGUGCUUCUAUAG